GAAUUGGACAAAUUGAAUGAAAUUGAAAACAAAACAGCGUGUUGCUCGAAAACAAUAUUUUGCUUGUAAGAAGUGAAUAAAUAAAAUCAGAAAGACAUAAACAUCUAGAGAUAAAUCAUGGCAAAAAGACCAGAACAUCAAGCACCUCCAGAAAUUUUUUAUAAUGACGAUGAAGCUAAAAAAUACUCUCAAAAUAGCAGAAUAAUAGAGAUUCAAGGCGAAAUGUCUGAAAGAGCUUAUGAACUUCUUGUUGCUCCUGAAGACGAACCUCUCUUAGUUCUUGACAUUGGUUGUGGCAGGGGAUUAAGUGGAAGUGUUUUAGAUGAGAACGGUCAUCAAUGGAUUGGUAUUGACAUAUCAAAAUCCAUGCUUGAUGUAGCGCUUGAAAGAGAAGUUGAAGGCGAUUUGAUAUUGGGCGAUAUGGGUGAAGGAAUGCCUUUUAAAGCUGGAACUUUUGAUGCUGCAAUUUCAAUAUCUGCAAUUCAAUGGCUUUGUAAUGCUGACAAAUCACAUCAUGUGCCACAUAAGAGACUUUAUCAGUUCUUCACAACAUUAUUCGCAUGUUUGACACGUAGUGCUCGUGCUGUUUUUCAAUUUUAUCCUGAAAAUGCUGAACAAAUUGAUAUGAUUACGAGUCAAGCAAUGCGUGCUGGUUUCUAUGGUGGAGUUGUGGUUGAUUAUCCAAAUUCAGCAAAAGCAAAAAAAUAUUUCUUAGUUCUUAUGACUGGUGGCAAUCAAAAAUUGCCCUCAGCACUUGGUGCAGAUGAAGAUUCGAGUCAAGUUCCAUACUCAAGAAAACGUGAAAUGACAAAAGGUAUCAGAGGAAAAGAUCCCAAGAAAUCUCGUGAUUGGAUUCUUCAGAAAAAAGAAAGAAGACGACAACAAGGAGUUGAAACGAGAGCUGAUUCAAAAUAUACAGCACGGAAGAGAAGUGGAAGACGAAGCUUUGUGACAAGAACAAAAAAUCUUUAUGAAGUUCUUGGAUUAAAUCGAACAGCAACACAAGGCGACAUUAAGGGAGCGUAUUAUAAGCUUUCAAUGCUUUAUCAUCCUGACAAGAAUGAUAAAAGUGAAUUAGCAGCAGAAAAGUUUCGUGAAAUUACUGAAGCUUAUGAAGUUCUUGGGAAUUUUCGACUGAGAAAACUUUAUGACAAAGGGAUCUUUAAUGUAAAUGAUGAAAGGUAUAAAGCACAUGAUGAGCCCGAGAAAGAAGAUGAUGCUACUACAAGGUUUUAUAAAGCAAGAAUGAGGAAAGAACAUCCAACAGCAGCUUCUGGUCGAACGCCAAUUUAUAAUUUCGAUGAAUGGACAAAUGCACAUUAUUCUAGGAGUUUUAGUAAUCAACAAAGAAUCAAAUCUCGCGUUUACGAGAAAGCAACUCAGAGAAAAAUGGAAGAUAAUACGAUGCCAACUGAAAAAGUUAUAAUGUCUGUCUUCAUAUUAAUUGUUUUUUUUUUUGCUAUGCAACCAGAAUCAAUAGAUGUUGAUAACAUUAGAAAUAAGAAAAAGGAAUCAUAA